UAUCGUUACAGCGGUGUUGCGCGAUACCCAGAAGGAAAUCAUGCAACCGCGUUAAUCAUUCUGAAAAACGGAAAAGGCAGAAUGCUGAGAGAAGAUCUGUCUUAUUCCAGAUAUGGAAACAUUCAAGGAUCGGAGUGCGAUCAAACGGAGCCCUCCCCACAAAGAAGCAGCAGUGCUUCACCGAGGAAACUGAAGGAGUCGGGAUCAGAUAUCCGGUUAACAGGAAAUGUACAUCUUCCCAAACAGGGUCAUAAAUCACCAUCACUUGUAGUCAAGGCAACCGAACAAAAAGACCCUGUCGUUAAAACCGAUGUGAACGAGGAGAAAGAAAUCAAAGAUGGCAAUUCUUCACCAAGAGACCCACAUAAAGCUGUGGCAUCUACACAUCUCUAUGAUGGACCUAUCGUCAUCCGAGAGGUCAAACCAAAGGUCAUCAAGUCCAGCGGUACUUCUGUAAUUGGAGACGAGUUUUGUAGAUGCAAAUCAUGCGUUUCCAAAUGGGAAAAUUUACAUCUUCCAAAAAAGGGUCGUAAAUCACAGCGACUUGUAGUCAAAGCAACCAAGCAAAACGACUCUGUCAUUAAAAUCAAUGUGAAGGCGGAAGAAGGAAUCAAAGAUGGCAAUUCUUCACCAAGAGACCCACAUAAAGCUGUGGCAUCUACACAUCUCUAUGAUGGACCUAUCAUCGAAGAAGUGGUCACAGAGUCCAGCAGCUCUUCCGAAAGUGAAGACGAGGAUACCGUUAAAGUCCGGAAACAAACAGCAGCUCGUGGUAGACCUUUAGUUCCGCUUUCUGACCCCCUAUCUGAUGACCGCCUCCCAGCUCCAUCCUUCCCCACCCGUCAGUUCGGAGAUGGGGGUCCUGUUGAACGUGUCCUGGCGGACAUAGCCUAUCAGAUCAGAAGAUUGAUCAGGUUCACCAGGCGGAAGUGGAGGAAAACAAGAAUAGUGUGUGGAUGUGACAAUGUUGAUUAAUUACAAUUCGCAACGUGUCCAAUUUAUACAACUGAUGAACAUUUAUAAGUAUAGGAACCUGGGAAAAGAAGAAAGUAAGAAAGAAAUACAACCAGAAAAAAAAAAAAAAAAAAUGGAAAAAUGAAAUAAAAAAAAAAAAAAAUGAAACUUAACAAUAGAAAAAACAACAUCAAAAUUACUAAUAGUAAAAAAGCAGCUUAAAGAAUUUUAAAAUUGAAAUAUAAAAAAAAAAAAAAAAAUGAAAAAUAAAAAAUAAAACAUAAAAACGGCAAAAAUGAAACAGAAAAAUAGCAAAAAAAAGAAAAGAGAGGGAAAUAUAGAGAUUGUAUAUAUAUAUACUCUAUAUAACAUUUUGCAGUGUAUUUAUGCUAAUGAAAUAUAACAAAGAAGAGAAAAAACAAACAAAAACAAAAAAAUUGAAAAAUAGAAAAUUCAACAUAAAAACUGAAAAAAGAAACAGAAAAAUGGCAAAAAAAAGAGGAAAUAUAGAGAUUGUAUAUAUAGUGUAUAUAACUUUUGCUGUGUAUUAAUUGUUGGUUAUGGGUACCAUAUAUACAUUAAUUUCCAAUUCAGCAGAAAGCCGAGCAUGUCUGCAUUUGAUAACAAAAAACCCUGUUUGCUUGCAAAAAUAUUUGAAACCAUACUUUGUAUGUCAUGUUAAUAGAAUUAAAUUUUAAAUGUUUGUUAUUUUUUCGCUUUACAAUAAUUCUUGUUUACAUUUGUAUUCAUGUUUUGUUCAAGUUUAAGUUUGAAAUUAAAUAAAAAGGCAUUCUAGAUUGUU